AUGAACCGAAGAAGCACGAGUGCUGCUCUCUACGAAGGUGAUGGCGGCCAUCAGUGGGAUGAUGCAACGGAGCAUUCCAGCCGCUUUAACAGUGGUGGGAGCGUCCAUGAUGCGGCUCAUCCGCCACUAAGGCGGGAACCCUCUGGCAUCAACGUGGGGAUGGAUAAAAGUCGGUAUUCACCUCGCGAACCCUCCAGGACCGAUGGAUGGAUGCGUAAGGAUCCGUAUCACCGUCCCAAGUAUGAAAGCGACGAUGAUUGGACUCCUGAAACUGGCUCCAUGAGCAACAGCAGCUCUUCGUUAUCCCCCAGCAUGAGAAGGUGUACUUCGGGUUCCACUUCUUGCACGGAUUUCUCAAAUUCGGUCCUCUAUGAUGAUCCUUUGGAACGUGGGUAUCUAGUAGAUGAUGGGCGAAGGCAUGAUAAGUAUACAGGCUUGGGCGUUAGAAGUGAUGGCGCUUAUCAUCAGCGACACUACCCCAGAGGCGACGUCAGGUCCAUGGAAGGAAGAGACAUGAGUCGAGACAGGCCAUAUCAUCUUCCUCAUCCAGAUGCUCAACUCCGAAGGCAUAGUGACUUUGAUGCAAGGUACCACACUAAUUACUCGCCAAGGCAAGACCAUCACGGUGGUGGUUACUAUCCCGACGAGAGACCUCCGCCAGCCACAAGGAGACAGUCAUAUGCUGGUAAUGGUAGCUAUGGUCAUGUUUCAGACGAAAGAAGGAUGGCUCAUUCUGUGCGCGGGUACGAGGAUGACGACUACCGAUUUGGGAGGGACGAGGGUUACGGUGAUGAUCGAAGCUAUUACAGUGAAUCUCACGUCCCUCGGAACUAUCGUACCGGUCACCAACGGCGCCACCAAGAUUCGUACGACCAUCGCCAUCGUGCUGUUGAGGACGAUGGGUACUACUACAAUGAAAGGGGCUACCAUUCCCAACACUUUUCGUACGACCAUGAUCACGACAGUGACUAUGGCAGAGUCGAAGAGGAACGCAUGUGUCGGACGGAUGUGCACUACGGUUCUCGUCGAAGAACAGAACAGAGACCACCAGAACAACCGGCGCCGUACGAGAACGGAAGGCUGGUGUCUGGUUCGGGGCUCUCGUCACGUUACGAAGCGAGGCGACAGAGCCGUCGAAGGGAGCUUCUAGAGCAACAUCAUCAUCCUCGUAGUCGCCGUGACCAAGGCAGUGACGCCGACGUGCUGUCGUCGUCCUCGCAUCGAUCGUGUGACACUCGGGGGCACGAAUCGACGAGAUCGUCAAAGCAGCCCCCUCGUCUCCCGCCUCGGCUCCUCUCUGGCAUCGACGAGAACAUGCCGCGACUCAAGGAUGACACGAAGUAUCUCACGGAUGAGGAGGGUACAAGAAAAAGCAGUGGCAUGAAGGAUGAUGACGACGCCAUUGUCAUGGUGGACAUUUCUCCUGGUGUUCGGGCCCGCUUGCGUCGUGUCAACGAGACCAAGAAAGCAGUGGCCAGAGAUUUCUACACGAGUGUCUCUUGCCUGGCUUGUGCUAGAGAUCUGUUCUGUAUCAGUGACGUGAACUGGUUCAUCUGCCCGGGUUGCAAGGUGAUCAGCCGUCUUGAUGAACCACCAAGAGACGGUAGUUCUCAGCAUGGGCUCGGGAUGGGUUUCAGUGUCGAUGCUUUGAUGACAAUGCAGUCAGAGGUACAUUCGAAGCGUAGAGGAUCCCACUCUAGAAGAUAA